AUGAGCUCCACGUAUAAACGCCAGCGGAUCGACCUUACACCGGAAUGCUUUGCCACCGAAAUUCCACAGUCUCUGCUUCCAGUAACUUGCGGCCCACUCUCUGCAAAAGCCUAUCGCGACCGCCAAGUUAGACCCUUAGUCUGGCUUCUCUUUGGGGGUACCGGUGCACUUGGCAAGCAAAUUUCGCGCACAGCAAUUGCGCGUCGUGAUCGUGUCUUCAUCGCAGCCCUCGACGAAGCUGACACUGAUUGCGGAUUCCCCGUUGAAGACGAUGCUUCGAAAUCGCCAGAAGAGCACAGUCAUGGUUCUGCAAACGCAAAUGACGUCUCUGCCAAUACUGGCCCUUCUGAAAAUGAUGACAACUACUCCUCGGCACACAACAACCCCGCACAACGGCCAAACGGCUAUCAAAAUGGUGGUGGUGGCGCAAGCUCAACUCCACUAACUUCUGCCAAUGCCAAAAGCUCAACUGCCAAUUCAACAGAGUCACCAAAUAAAAAUCGCCGACGAUCUGCUUCAAAAAAACGCCCACGAAUCAUCAAUCCAGAGCUUUCCGCCUCCGCUCCUGAAAUUGGAUAUCUUUACAUUGACGAACGCUUCAAAAACCUAUGCUAUCGUGUUAAAUGUGAUGUCCGCAUCCGCGAAAGCGUCGACCGGGCUGUCCAAAAAUGUCUACAGGUAUUUGGACGCAUUGACGUUGUCGUCAACUGCUUCGGUUACGGUGUCAUGGGUGCUUGUGAAGAACAGUUUGACACUGAAAUUCGCUCCCAGUUUGAAACAAACCUCAUGGGCCUCUUUCAUACCAUCCGUGCUGUUCUUCCAUACCUCACAAAUGCUGCUCGCAUGAGCGCUAAUGAUAAAGUCCCUAACGAUGCUGUUAAAAAGGGAAUAUAUAAAGAUAAUGUCAACUCAAAUGCACCAAUUACAUCUACCCCAGGUCAUAUCAUUUCUUUCACGUCAUCUAUGGGUGUGUUGGGUACUCCUGGAUUUGGUCCUUAUAGUGCAACCAGAUGGGCUGCUGAAGGACUUCUCGAAAGUCUAUCUUUUGAAGUUGAACAUUUGGGAUGCAAAGUCACUAUAAUUGAAACAGGAUAUGCCAAAAGUGGUUCAAAAGAAGAUGAUAGUGCCCGGGUAGCAAGAACUACUGGCAUUCACGAACUUAACUCAACACCAAUUUCAUCUCAUUUUUUCCUUCGGGAUUUAGGACCUCAAUACCAAAAUACUCCAGCAGAAUACGGUGUCCAGUUUGUGAAGCACCUGGACAAAAUUCUUGCCACAAGUACAGUCAAAGUUGCCAGCAUUAUUUGGGAAAUUGGCCACUGCCAAAAUCCUCCUCUUCGCUUACUCUUAGGUUCAUGCGGUGUACUAGGCAUGAAGGAUAAGCUUAGAGGAAUGGCUGAAGAAAUUGAAGAUUGGAAAUUCCUCUAUGAUGAAAACCAAUUAUGA